AAGCACGUUUGACCUGUUUCGGUCUACUGCAAACGUGAAGCUAUCCUGAAGGUUUUCGUAUUCACAGUUCUCAAAUAACAUUAUUUUUGGGUUAUUUUCGUCAAACAUUAAUUGGCUGCGUAACGUUUUUGUGGGGCUUGUAUGUUUUAGAGCUGGUCCUGUUGGUUGGGGUAAUGCACCACGAUGUUGUGGACCUUUACAAGAAGAAACGCGGAACCGACCAACAAAACAAGUUUAUUGAUACAUAUUUCUCAGAAACAAGUGCUCAACUAAAGCUUUGAAUCAGUCAGAAACAGCUGUUUUAAACAGUUUUUCACAAUGGCGUUGGAUAGACAUCAAUGUUCGUGUUGCUCCCAUAAAGUCUCUUCUCCCAGUGUUUACCAGACUCUGAAUGAAAUGGAUUUUGAACGAGGUAUCUGGUCUGCUGCAAUGGACGGGGACCUGGAGCGAGUUAAAACCUUGGUCCAGAAAGGCACAGACCCUGACCUGAGAGAUGCAGCUGGAUACACAGCUCUGCACUAUGCAAGUCGCAGUGGCCAUCACACUGUAUGCAAGUUUCUUCUGGAGAAUGGUGCUUGUGCAUCUCCCCAGACACCAGGCGGUGCAACACCGCUCCAUCGAUCUGCUUACUGUGGUCAUCUUGACGUGGUUCGACUUCUGCUGCAGCACAGAGCAGAUCCGAUGACCUGUGACGACGAUGGUGCAUCACCUUUACAUAAGGCAGCAGAACGAGGUCAGGAGGAGGUGUGCCAGCUGCUUCUUGAGCACAGUCCAGCGCUCUGCAGCCAGGUGAACAAGAGGCUGCAGCUACCCUGCCAGCUAGCACCCAAGGGAGACCUGCAGGAGCUCUUAAAACCAUCUGGGUGAAAUCAGGAACACUGCAAUCUGGGGCAUUCAGAGGUGCUAUGAAGAGACAUUUAGAUGGGUCUUCUUAUAUCAGGAUUAUACUCAUCUUGACCUGGAUUGAAUAAAUUUGACUCCUUUUUCUUUUCAGACUUGGGCAAAGAGCCACUGAGUAAAACAGGUUGGACACAGCAUUACAUGUCUAGUUUGUAAGCAAAUGUUACCUUCUUAUGCUGCAACCAUAAACUGACACAAAAAUGGAAGACUCUACAGUGAGAUAACAUUAACAGCAAGGUUUUGAGUAGGAAUGUUGCUAGAGCAUCUUAUGUACUAGCUCAAUGUAAACAGAGGUAAAAGUACACAACACAUGAUCCUUUACACAAGAAGUAUAGAAAUGGUGUAAAUGAAAUACCGCUCAAGUACUGAUAUAUUUUCUUCACAGAAUUUUAAGUUAAAAGUUGAGGCUCUAAAAUGUAUCGACAUUAUGAAAGUAACAAGAUAUUUCUACCUGAUGAAGUUGUGCAGCAAAACCUGUUAAACUUAAAUACAUCCAAUGUAAAAUACAAAUGUAUGUGCAAAUGAAUUUAACGGAAAUUAAUGCCUUUAA